AUGGGCGACAACAAUCCGGCCGUCGGCAAUGGGAGUUCUGGGCAUGACACAAGUCAUUGCUGCAAAACCACGGGUGAAGGUCAUGAGAGUGGCAGCCCGGAGAACGAGCGUCAGCCUGGCGACGGUGCCAGUUGUACUAUCGCUGAUGAGCAGAUUCGGAUAAGUGACGACGAUGGCUCCACUAACAGCGGCCGCAACAGCAUGGACCCGUUCCGCACGGACGGCGAUAUAGUGGCUACGGACGGCAUGUUAAGGACAGGACGCUACUACAAAGGAAUUUAUUGGCCCUCUAUAACUAACAGUUUUAAGGAUGAAACCGUAGAAUUAUCGUACCAAAAGUACUCUAGAAGACAGAGGCAAAGAUCCCUCAUCAUGGUCAACGUAGUCGACUUUGCACUAAAGAUUUGCUUAACACUCAUUUAUACUGUAUCAAAUCGUAAUAAUGUGAUAGAUGGAUAUCAAAUAGCUUGGACGGCGGCGUUUCUUUUACUGAACAUAGCUGUGUUACUGCUUGGAGGAUGGCGGUGUUUCGCCAACAACUAUCUUCAUUGGGCCGCGGCGGCCACUUGGAUCUUACUUAUUGCACAAGGGUUAAGUGGCCAAGGCAUAGGUUUCGGGGAGUCUGAAAACCAAGUGUGGUACAUGCUGUUUAUAAUAUUCGUGCCAUACGCUAUGCUGCCGCUGUCUUUGGGCUGGUGCAUCGUCAUCGGCUUGCUGUCGUCCGUAUCGCACGUGUUGACGACAGCUGUGAAUAUCAAGGAAAUUGUGACGAAAACAUCGACAGCUGCGGCAAGUUCAUGCGGCACAAGACUUUUAAUAGGCAAUGCCUUACUCUACACUGCUGUAAACUUUGCCGGCAUGUAUGCGAAGUAUCUCGCGGACUGGGGACAGAGGAAAGCGUUCCUAGAAACCCACCGGUCCAUGGUCACGAGGCAAAAGACGAAACGGGAAAGUGAUCGACAAUGGAAAUUGUUUCAAAGUGUUAUCCCGGACUUUUUAGCAAAACAGAUUUCUAGUCACGUGUCGAAAGUGAGAGGCGAGUUCCAAGAGCAGCAAUUCAAUAAUUUAUAUAUCCAAAGACAUGAGGACGUCUCCAUUUUAUUCGCUGAUAUCAAAGGAUUUACUGAGCUUUCCAGUAAAUGCAGCGCACAAGAUCUAGUUAAGCUACUCAACGAACUCUUCGCCAGAUUUGAUAGAUUAGCCUCAGAGAACCACUGCCUACGUAUCAAACUCCUGGGUGACUGUUAUUUCUGCGUGAGCGGUCUGCCCGAGCGGCGAAGCGACCACGCCUUCUGCUGCGUCAACAUGGGCCUGCAGAUGAUACGCGUGAUACGCGAUGUCCGAUACAAUAAACAGAUUUUCCAUGUACAUUCCCAGGUGGACCUAGAUAUGAGGAUUGGUAUUCACAGCGGCACAGUACUAUGCGGGGUGCUUGGCUUACUCAAGUGGCAGUUCGAUCUCUGGUCCUAUGACGUCACUCUUGCCAACCACAUGGAAAGCGGUGGAUUGCCUGGUCGCGUGCACAUUUCGUCAGCAACUAUGGAAUGCCUCAACGGGGCAUUCGAAGUAGAGCCCGGUGAAGGAGAAACUAGAGACACUCGACUGCGAGAACUAAAUAUUACGACUUACCUUAUUAAAGCUACAGAACAUCCAAGGAGGACGAGGAACAAAUCUGUGAAUAAUAUUCAAGCACAGAUGCCUCAAAAUGAGUGUACAGUACAGCGUCGUCCAAGCGGCAGCAUCGAAGAUGAAAAUACUACCGACUGGAUCCCUGAGAUGCCAUUUCAAAAUUACUUCCAAAGUAGCGCUAGUGCAGCGUUACGACGGUGUGGGACCAAACCUGAAGAUGCAGAGCACGGACAAGACAUAGAGAUCACGUCCAUAUCGGAGGAAGAUGACAUAAUCAAUCACUCUAUCGAAGUAAGCAGUAACCGUCGCAUGCGAGCGGAACACAUGAAGCCCUGGUCGCUGCACUUCAGACGCGCAUCGCUGGACUCUCGUUUUAGGCAGCUCGAUGAAAAAACCUUCAAAUCAAACGUCAUGUGCUGUUUAGUCUUAUGGCUGUUUAUUGUUGCUGUGCAAUAUAUUAUGCACUUUAAUUGCUGGUUGCUUGUAAUAACUCUGCUAGUGAUGACGGUGGCGCUAGCGCUCUCCUUCGUGGUGGUAAUGGCAGAGGAGUUCCCGCACGCGAUGCCGCGGUUAGCCAACUUUUCCGCGAAGAUCAGUGGGAACAGGACGCGGCGGAAUGUGCAUAUCUGUUGUUUUGUUACCAUUAUGUCUAUAUCUAGUACAACCAAACUAUAUAUAUGUCCACUGCUAAGAAUGUCCACUAAAGCCGUCAAUGUAACUAAUGACUCCAACACUGUGACUCAAGAGGACACUUUGAAUGAGGAAAUAAUCGGAGAGUGCUAUAAGCCUGAAUACGUUGUCUUCACUUGGAUUCUAUGCUUGGUGGCGUUGACGUCGAUUUUAAAGUUAUACUAUUUGAUUAAAACUUUGAUGGCAAUUUUGAACGUAGCAAUGUAUUCAGUCCUUUUGCUUUUAUAUUAUAAUAAUGAUAAAGAAACAGAAGAUGAUAGCCCUCUUCGGUUCUACAUACAAAUGACGAUCUUAAUGAUAAUGUUUUUAGUAAUAGUUGUGUAUCAUGCGAGGCUUGUGGAAGUUACGUCGAGACUAGAUUUUCUUUGGAAAUUGCAAGCGGAAAAUGAUCUAAAAGAAAUGAAGGACACGCAAAGAACGAAUAGACACUUAUUGAAACACAUACUCCCUGAUCACGUUGUCAAUCAUUUUUUAAGCAAAAAUACUUGCCCUGAUGAGCCAUAUUCCCAAAGGCGAGACCACGUCGGUGUAAUGUUUGCGGGGAUACCGAAUUUCCACGAAUUCUACUCCGAACAGAAAGCCGUUGACUGCAUGAGGGUUCUUAACGAAAUCAUUUUUGAUUUCGACAAAUUAUUAAUGCAGCCGCAAUUCAAAAGUAUUGAAAAGAUUAAAACAAUUGGCGCUACGUAUAUGGCUGCUUCAGGACUAAACCCAGAUCACAAGACAGCUGAGGAUGAUUCUGGCCAUCUCUGUGCAUUAGUGGACUAUGCAUUUGCACUUCGGGAAGCUCUAGAAGAUAUCAAUAAGCACAGCUUUAACAAGUUUGGAUUAAGAGUAGGUAUUAGUUGCGGCCCCCUCGUCGGCGGAGUAAUCGGCGCGAGGAAACCCGUGUACGAUAUAUGGGGAAACACUGUGAACGAGGCCUCGAGGAUGGAAUCCACCGGCGCCAUGGACCGCAUCCAGAUCACUAAGUUUACGAAACAGGUGUUAGAGCGUCAUGGCUACGGGCUAGAAGCGCGUGGCGAGGUGGAGGUAAAAGGCAAAGGGCGUAUGGAGACGUGGUGGGUGACGCGGGAGCGUGCGCGCGGCGCCGGCCCGCGACCCGCGCCCGCGCCGCCGCGCUCGCUCGCCGCCCUCGUCUACACCAUGCUACAGGCCCGCAAGCGUAUAUACACGCACCCGUUGGAUGCGCCUGCGCAGUCCCUAAAUGGGAGCAUGCAAGGGCGGCGAGCGAUGCGCGCUGGUACAGCACCCAGCGCGAGGCGGCCUAAGGACCUGCACGCACGCAAUCGUCAUACACAAUAUAACUGCAACGGCACAGAACCCAACAUCCGACCGUACUCGAGCAGCAUGGUGGCGCGGCGGCCGGACAUGGCGCCGCCCGUCCUCGGCAGCAUGUCCGCGCCGCACACGCCCACCGCCGUGCACACCUCGCCUGACCGAACCUUUGCUGGGCCUAAGCUGGGUAUAACAGCAAGACUGAAAGCAGCGAGCUUCUCAUACCGAACUCGACCAAACAGGGAUAGAUCGCCAAAAAUCCAAGAAGAAAUCAAUGGUUCCAACGCUUCAGUGGCAAACGGCACGCCGGGCUCCUUCAGAUUACGAUCCGUCACGACCGCUUCAUUCUUCCGCAGCCGUAACAAGGACAGGAGGAAAGAGGAGGUGAAGGAAAAUGGGGACACUGUCACGACUCGAAUG